CGGCGCGGGCGCAGUGCCGCUAUACUUAUCGACGAACCCACUAUGGGGAGAGAGGCGUUAUUGACUGUGCUGAGUUGUUUGAUUCUCAAGAGUGAGUCAGUUAAAGUGAUAAACGUAGCGCGACCGCUGGUGGACAAUGUCGCCGCAGCCUCCCGCCUGUACCGCAACGUCCAGCUCGGCGUGUACGCCAGCAACGCGCCCUACACGCCCUACGCGGCCUACUCCUUCCAAGUACCCAGCUUCGCCGCGCCGAAGGGCAACCAGGUCGUUCCGGUCAAGGAGGAGAAGAUAGUGAUCCAAAACUCCAACGGAUUCCUGAAGGACUCGUACGGAAACACGUACCACGAGACACCGCAGUCGCUAGCGUACAAGACGAUCUAUCCGCAGCAGUACGUUCAGCUCCAGAACCUGCCCGCCCACCUCAGCCAGCCGCUCGGAAUAAGCCCGAGCUACCAGUUCAAGCAGGGAACCCCGCACUUCUUCGGCCCCGCCCAGUACACGAUACAGUCGAAUGUGCAGGGAUUUUCGACCAAUGCGCCCCGUUACACGAUAUCGCAGCCGAUUAUUUACGGUAGUAAUGCUGGAAGUGGUCUGUCUCUUCAGUUAAAUCAAGCGCCUAAACAACAAACGCAGCAACCCUCGAAUAGUAAGGAUAUAUACGUGGAGACACACUCUAGUGAAAAUCCAAGCGAGACGAAGUACCACCGACCGGAGCAGCUAUCGACGCCCGCUUCGUAUACCACAAUCACCAACGAGCCUACGACAAAACAAGCUCAAACAGCGCAGACAAAAACGGUUCCUAAGAAAUUGCACUUUGAAAAAGAAAUGUCUUUCGUUACCGACGUGAAUGGCCAGAAAACUGAGGUAAAAAUUAAGACCAAACCACCGUUACCUCUGUUAGAUAUUAGUUUACUGGAGCCCCUGACCUUCGACAACCCGCUUGUGCCCCAAGUGCAACACUUUUUGCCGCGGAUUCAUGAUGCCACUUAUCAUAAGCUGCCGAAUGUACACCACGCGAAGAAGCACCAAAAGGAGUUUGUUAUACAAAAUACUAAAACAUAUGACUCUAGUUCCCCCAAAUCUCCGAAAAGAAAACACAAGAAGACGAAGCCCCACAAAGACGAUGACGAUGACGACGAAGACGAAGUUCAUCCGACACCUUCAAUUAAAGUUAGCGGCUCACCUAAUAAUGGUCCGGAGUUUUCGUACGAGAUAAAUUCUCCUAAUUACAAAGAAACUUAUUCGGAGCAGAAAGUAAAUUACAACAAAGAAACUGAAUCUGAGCCGGUACAUGUGAGCUAUGAAAAACAAACUGAGAAUGAACCUGUUAACUAUUCUUACGAAAAACAUACAGAAAGUAAACCGAUACAUUACAGCUAUAGUCACGAUUCGAGCAAACCUGAGGAGAUUAAAGAAUCUCAUUAUCACCACGAGGAGGAACCGAAGCAGCUAAUUUUUGAUUUUACUUCUAGUGAAGACAGUAAUUCAGGCGAAGAUGAAAAACCGCAUAAGGAGGAGCGCAAUGCUUCCCCACAUUCACACAAAGAGCGUUCUCAUAAUCACUCAUCAGGGUCCCACGAUUCUGGCAGAAAUCACCAUAGCCACAAACACAGGAAUCAAAAUGAUCAUAAGGAGCAGCAUCAUGAAAGCUGGAAGCAUCAUCAUCCUAAACCUAAAAUAGAGCACAGAGAAAAACCCAGCAAAAAUCAUGAAAACAAUGAAAACCAUGGAAACGUUGGCUACAACGAACAUUCGAGUUCCAAACCUAAACAUGUAGAGCAACAUUUCCAACCGGUCAGCUUAGAAUAUGAAGAAGAUAUUACUGUUCUGCCCAAGCAUAGGCCGCAUAGUAAUUCCAAUGACGAUCGACAUGAAAAGCACAAUGACAACGAACAUAAUAAGCAUCACUCGCAUGCUACCAAAAGCUACAAGCCUCACUUCCAUAACACUCAGUAUUCGUCCUCCCCAUCAAUUCACGAAAAAUCCAAGAGGAUAGUUAUCAAGGAGGAUUCCCCCGCGACCGACGACAAUCAGGAAAAUUUUAUGGAUGCCAUGAUUAAGCAGCAGGAGGAAAACGAAGAAAAUUUUGAAAAGGCUUACAAAAACGCCGCAUACGGUUUUCCGGCUUACGAUCGACCCGUAGAUGUCGAGAAAGACAUCUACAAUCCCGAAUCCUACGGCUCAUCAAAUUAUCAAACGCAUUUCGACGCCGAAAACAGCCCCCUGUCGCAGUAUCAAGCGCAGGGCGACGAAUUCCCCCAGGACACGAGAGCCAGCUACAAAGAUGCAAACGACAAGAUGAAAGAAGAGUACUUUCUCGAUUACGCAAUAAGCAGACCCACGAGUAUACUAGAUAGAUUCAAGGACAAGGAGAACUACUACAAGAUAUUCGAAAAACAAAAGCCGCAGAGGUACUACGCGAAGCCCGACGACAAGAGAAACGGCGCGUACACCCUGCAGCCCACGUACAGCUUCGUGAUGCCGAAGAAGCACGCCAACGCGAAACUGACGGUGAGUCCGUACAUAUACGAGUACGACUACUCGAAGGAGGCGCCGAAGAAGGAUAACUCGCCGUACGCGACGCAGCCCUUCCAGAGGUACAAGAGCAACACGCAGUUCGUGGAGCCGCAGUUCCAGUACGGCUUCGAGCCGAUCUCGAUACCGCGGCUGCUGGACAGCGAGCUGGCCGCCAUGGCCAGCAACGACAACAUCGAGAGCGAGAACCCGGGGACCAGGAAGAAAAUAUACAAAGAGAACUUCUACAUUAAGAAAACGACGACGGCGAACGGACGGUGAUCAUAGUACAUACGAUUAAUUUAUUGAACCCAAU